UCAUAUUCCAAAAGAUGCAAGUAUGCGGGCCCACAUUGCGCAACAAAGCAACCUCAAGUACAUGAAGACUGUGAUGGACCAUUUCAAAGAGCGACAAUGAGAGUACUUCUGCAACUCCUCCUUAGGAUAUCUAGUCGAGGUUCUGGACAUUCAAAUGUCUGCCCAACUCAUCCAGCAGCUAGUGUUCAGAACUAUCUGCAUUGAUAAGGUCUACAAGCUUUGGUUCAACGUGGAAGGGCACUUCAUGAGAUUCGAUCUACAGGAGUACGCGCUUGUGAUGGGGUUAAGAUACGGUGUAUUCCUGGAGGGUGGUGAAUUCGAUCGAUUGCUAGAGAGGAGGAGGUUGAAAAAGGGGUACUUCAAAUCCAAUGACAAGAUUUUGUUGGCUCAACACCAGUCUGCUUUGGCCCGACCUUCAACGCCCCAAGCUGAUCUCUACAAGUUAGGAUUGGUUCUAAUUGUCGAAAGAGUUUUCAAUGCUCUAGAUAAUAAUGUCGGUAUCCAUUUGCCCACAUUAUCAAUAAUCGAUGACAUGGACUUAUUUUUUGCCUACCCUUGGGGUAGGGUCGGAUAUAGGCGUUUGUUACAUGGAUUUCGGGGUAUUUGGGCAAAAAAAUUCCAAAAGGUGAAGCGAAAGAAGGAGAAGGAAAUUACUUACACGGUAUGGGCAUAUAAGGUGCUUCCAAAGGUUGGGGAAUGUUUUCUUAGUGAGUAGGUGAACGAUUGCCACAACUUCUUCGCUGGUCGGCACGAAAACAGUCACAGCAUCGUAUGUGUGAUGCAUUCUUCAAGAAUGUCAAGGUAUACAUAAAAUAGGAUUGUAAGUUCGUUACAAUCUUGUGUGUUCUAAUGUGAGUACUAUAACCUUUUUUUGCAGUUCCACGUGUACGUAACACUGCGUCUCACCGAUGCUGAGGCUCAACAACCCUAUUUUUCCACUCUUGUACCUUACGAUGAUCCCUCAAUGCUGGUGCUGGAUGACAUUGUAGGGACUAUUGUAGCGUCGUAGUUUAAUGCAUCAGGCGUCGGUAGUGGACACGGUGGACAGUCGGUAAGGGAGGAUUCUGAUGAUGAGGGGUCCAAAGAAGGAAGCGGUGUGAAGCAGACGUCCGGAGGUGAUGACGAAGAUGGGCGGUCGGGCAGCGAUCGUGACGGUGAGGAUACUAAGGAUACUGGUGUGUCCCACAGUGAUCGAUCCAGCGCUGGUGAGGACACUCGUGGAGGAGACAGGGGUGCUUUUUCCUCACC